AUGGGAGAUCCAUUACCAUUAAGACUAGCACUGCCUGAGCUGAGGUAUCCGAUUGGAUCAGAGCCAGAGAAGACGAUAUCGAUAAACCAACACUCGAUAGUUGCUUAUAUCAAAACUGUUAAGGAAAUUCUAGGAAAUGAUGAGUUCAACAGAAUAAGAGGGACGUUUUUGGGACCGGUGAUCAAGCUUGGAGAGAGGUCUUUGAAAUUAUCAGCUAAGAUAGUGCACGCAGUUCUCACCAAAAGCAUCAAGACAGUGAAGAGACACGAAGCAUGGUUCCAUUUUGGUGCUCAGCCAAUGAGGUUCUCUAUAAGAGAAUUCCACAUGGUGACUGGUUUGAAAUGUAGUGGUGAAGCAAGAGAACCACGAGAGGAAACCGAGAAAUUUAAGUGGGACUUCCUAAAAGGGCGUACUCAUACAGUAAAGGACGUGGAGAAGCAGCUCAGAAACACAAGAGAAGAUGCUUCUGAUGAGAGAUUCUGCCUUGCAAUGCUCCUCCUGAUUGAGAGCAUACUACUACAGAAGAGCCUUCUCGACGGUGGCACAACUUUUACUUUGGAUUAUGUGAAAAUAGCGCAGGAUAUGGAUGUCUUGAUGACAUACCCAUGGGGGAGAACAGCUUAUAAUUUGCUGUUAAAAUCACUUCAGAGAGCUGUCGACAAAAGCCUCGACAAAAACAAUUAUGAUUUGCAAGGAUUCCCUAUGGCAUUUCUUAUAUGGAUACUUGAGUCAGUACCUUUGCUACAGUAUGCAUUCAGUCAAGUUGUUCCUAUUCUGAGCGUUCAACCGUCUACCCCAAUAUUUUUGUGUGAGAAGUACCUUCAAAUAGCUUCUCCACAGCUGAUAGAUGUUCUCCUAAUUGAAAUCAAAGAUCAUCUUAAGGUCACAUGCAUCCUACCUCCUAUUUCUAAUGAUCCAGAAGCUGAUGUUUGCAUGGAAGACGAAGCUAAUAAAGAUCUGGAUGACAUGGCCGAUUUAUCCAAGAGAGGUUAUAAGUUUAAAAUUAGAGAUUGGCGAAACAUGUCAGUAGACCUAUACGGUGCUAAUGAACAAAUAAGAAGAGCAUCUUUACUGUUUGGGAAUGGAGGGAUGAGUCAAGCUUCUUCUUCGUAUCAGGAGGAGUCUUUGGAAUCAAAGAUCAACAGAAUCAGCGAGAUGGUGGGAGAUAAUUUAAGGAUCAUGAACGAUCGUUUGUGUUUGAUUGAAAAAGACAGGAAACAGAUUAAAGAACGUGUGACAAAACUAGAGAAACUACAAAGAGUUACUUCAUAUGAAACCCAAACAAUGAGACUGACACAACUCCAUUUCAUGAGACGGCUUCCAGACAAGGUGAAGCCAAUGCAGAUCAAGCAGAUGAACAACUUAACAAUGAGGCAAGUAUAA